AUGUCAUUGAAAAGCUUUGAUAUCGGGCGUGGUAUUGGUAAAGGACAAUUUGGUCGUGUUUACAUUGCAAAAGAAAAAGAAAGUGGUUAUAUAGUAGCUUUGAAAGUGCUAUCUAUUAGAGAACUAAUUAAAGCUAAUGCUGAAAGACAAUUGAGACGCGAAGUAGAAAUUCAGGCCAAUCUAAGACAUCCAAAUAUUCUUCGACUUCUUGGGCAUUUUCAAGACAAUAUAUAUUUUGUCUUGAUUCUUGAAUAUGCUGCCAAAGGAGAACUUUAUAAGCAACUUGUGAAAUCAGGUAGACUUAAAGAAAAGAAAGCAUCAAGGUAUAUUGCGCAAAUGGCUGGGGCUUUAAGCUAUAUUCACAAAAAGCACGUUAUUCAUCGAGAUAUAAAACCAGAGAACCUGUUGAUAGAUUUGAACGAUGAGAUCAAGAUUGCUGAUUUUGGAUGGUCUGUGCAUACACCAAGUCAAAGGCGUAAAACAUUUUGUGGAACAUUGGAUUAUAUUCCGCCAGAAAUGGUUGAAGGCAAAGAACAUGAUGAAAAGAUCGAUCUUUGGUCGCUUGGCGUUUUGUGCUACGAACUUCUGACUGGUACUGCUCCAUUUGAAGAAAGUGGUCAUACUGCAACAUAUAAACGAAUAGCAAAAGUUGAUUUCACACUUCCUGAUCAUUUGUCGUACGACGCUAGAGAUUUGAUUUGUUCGGUAACUAUCUUUUACAACCAAA